AUGAUCGGCCAAAGUAAGGCUGUGGUUGGCAAGAUUGACAAUUUUAUUCACGCCGCCCAAGUACGUCAGCAGAGGACGACUGAAUUGAUCGAGCUGAUCGAGAUGGCGCAACGGCAUUUUACGCAGGAAUCACGUGACGUGAUCACGGCGGCAGAUGCCUACAAGCAAUUCUACAAGAGCAUGCUCGCGUCGCAGAGAGAAAUUGAGAACAUGUCGGAACAGAAUGGUUUCCCCGGCGCUACUCCUCCACGCGAUGCGCCGUCGCCCACGGCACAAGAAGACAUCUACGCGCAGGGUGUGGAGAUGGCGUUGAGCUAUCCCUAUCCCACAAUGCCACCGAUGGGCCAAACGGACCCCCGGAUGGCGCCAAUGCUUGCAACUCCAUACCAACAGCCUCCUGCACCUCCUAUUGCCGCUAAGAAAGAGGAACCGGAACGCCUGUCUCUUCGCAAUCAGCCUCUUAAUUAUGAGAAUAUUCGCAAUCUGCUCGAAAAGGUUCGGCAAGUCAAGCCGUCUUCGUCUACAGAUUCGCAGAAGCCAGCAGCCGAGGCGCAGAAUGGACAGCAGCGACAAGUGAAUGUACCAGAACGGGCCCCUCCAGCUCCUCCACCUAAAGUCGCUGCUCCACCAAAUCACCCAAUGAUGCCGCCUGGCGUCGAUUCGGUUCCACCGCCAAUGAUUAUGGACUUCUCGCGGCCACCUCCCGGCUUCAGCGCGGCUCCACCGAACCCAUACCAAAUGCCGCCGAUUCCGCCGCCCCCACCCCCAUCUACUGCCCAGUCAAAAGAUCUCGAUUUGCGACCGCCGUCGCGUGACAAAACUCCUCAGCAGUACGGCUGGCCACCACCACAGCCCCAUCACCCCCCACAUCCACCGCCAUCUGCUCAUCAACAGCAAUACUCGCCGUACCUUCCAGUCGCCAAUGCUCCCCCUCCUCCCCCGCGUGACGGUUAUGCGCCUCAGAAUAAUUCGAUGAAUAAACCAAAGCCCUACACCCCAAUGCCGAAUACGUAUACCGGAGGCCCGCCGGGAUUUGGAGCGGACAACUCUCGUCAAGAUGGGUAUCGACAAAGCCGAGGUGGCGGUGAUGGAUAUCGCGGAUCGGAUCGAGGUGAUAGGGGCCAUGGCGGUGGGUAUCGAGGCGGAAGAGGCGGUGGCUACAGUCAGAACAGAGGCCACCCAUACCGAGGCCAACAAACGAACGGCGGCGGAUCCUGGAACGGGAAACAC